CUUGGAUUUCGCAAUACUCUCAUGGGCCCGCUAACAAUGAUAUAUAUCUGGAGGGCAAGUUUCCGCCUUAUGGUAUGCAAUCCCGAUUUCCGGAGAAACGCAUGCAAAAUCUAGCCUCGUCUGCCUUGGAAUAGUUGCCCAGUGAAAGUCGUUGGCAGUCGCCAUUUACAGUACCCACGGAGUGUGCCAAGGAAGACUUGGGGUGUCCAAUCAGUAUGCUGGGACUGAACUUAUUGCGGAUCCUGAUUGCGUUGACAUGGGUCAUUAGUGUCCUGGCACAGCAGGUUGCCAUCUACUCAGGGACAGCCCAGACUGGAACGCAGAUCCUCCUAACAUCAUAUGCGAAUUACUCAAACGCAAACCUUGACACCUUAACAUCCAUCGGUGUCCCAACAAACCUCGCAGCUCUCAUUUUCAACGGUCGAGACCAGUCUGCAGGUGCUGCUUCUGUCUUUUUCGAGAGCGUUUCAGCUAUCGAUGCGAGUAUAUCAGGAUUUUCGGCCACAGAUUGGAAUGCCUUAGUGGUAGACUCAACUUGUAAUCCACAAUGCUCUUCCAAAGGAGUGUGCACGAACAAUGGCUGUGCAUGCUUCGCGAAUUACACAGGGACCCAGUGCACUGAUUGCACUGCAAACAAUUGGGGCUCGGGGUGUAAGCCAUGCCAGUGCAACGCGUAUAGCACCUGUAAUGAUGGAAUCUACGGCAAUGGGACGUGUACCUGUCGAGACGGCUGGACUAGUAGCUCUACUGGUCUUUGCGACAUAUGCGCACCUGGAUACUACGGGACGAAAAACGCUGCUGGUCUGACUCCAACCUGUACAGCUUGUACAAAUUGUGGUAGCCAUGGAUCAUGCAGUACGACCACGGGGAAGUGUACUUGCCCUUGGGGUUACACCACCGGAGCUGAUGGGGUUCCAUGCAGCUCUUGUCGAACCGGAUACUACAGAGAUGUGCGCGGGGAUUGCGUUGCGUGCUGGCACGGAUGUCACGCCUGCCAGGACGGUGAUGGUGCUUGCACAUCAUGUGCACAUCUGGGGUUGGUUCGAAAUGAAACUUUCCCGCAGCAGUGCAUAAAACGCACCGACACCGCGGCGGUCACCGCGGAUUCGCAAUGUAAAUCGAUAUCGUGUCCGGGCUGCGCCUCGGAGAGGUAUUUCUGGAAGGGAACAUACUCGGCAACGUCCAACACGAGCAAACCUGUAACAGCCACGGACUGCACGGCCGGUGUCACCACUAAAUGCCCGGAACUCAGGGACGCCGAAAAGUGCGGACAUUGCCCUUACGCUAAUACUACUCUUGUUCCGGGAAGCCAAAGUGGCGUCCCUACGAGCCAGCUUUGCACUACACAAGACCCUACAACGGGAGCUUGCUUCAACUACAAUGGCUUAUCACCCUGGAACGUGGGCUACGGGGUCUAUACAGACUGGCCCGCGGGCCCACUAACCGUUUGGAUGGCGGAGAAGAACUAUUGUGAUGCAUGUCGAGUGAACUGCGUGCGCUGCGCUAAUCGAUAUGCAAAUAUAUCGCUCGCACGACAGACUACCUACUAUAACGCUACUACCUGGUCUUUGACAUCGCAGAGGGAAAACUUGCAAUGCACACAGUGCCUUCCGGGGUAUAACAUUGUCGAUGGCAAUUGUGUUUACUCUCCCUGUCCGUCUGGACAACUUGAUGACGGAUCCGGGACUUGCAUCGCAUGCCAUUCCGCUUGUGGAACAUGUUCUGGACCAACUUACCGGAAUUGUACAUCUUGCGCAAACGGCGCGACAUUGACGAAUGGGGAAUGUAACCUUCCAUUAUCGUGCCCAAGUGGGCAAUACCCCGAUUCUACAAAUACGAAAUGUAUUGGCUGCUUCCCUGAUUGCGCUCAAUGCAGCGGGCCGGCAAUAAACCAAUGCACUGCAUGCUCGGCGCCUUUCGCUCUGUCAGGCGGUCAAUGCGUUCUCGCUUGCCCUAAAGGACAGUAUGCAGCAGCGGAUAGAACCUGUACAGCCUGCGAUACCUCUUGCUCGAUGUGCAAUGCAAUCAACGCCUGCUUCACGUGCGCAAAUGGAUAUCAGCUAUGGCACAAUCAAUGCCUGGCAAAUUGCGUCACGCCGAAAACGUUCAAUACAGCUACCGGUCACUGUGACUGUCCAUCGGAUAAAACCGAGGACGGCAGCGGUACUUGCGUGUGCCCUUUUGGCACACAACUUGAUCCCGGUGGCAGCGGGACCUGCGUAUGCCAAGCGGAUAAGAUUCCGUCAACCGUCAACAACACAUGUGUCUGUGCUACGGGAAAAGGGUUAGACUCCAGUAACGUCUGCGUUUGCCCCGCCGACAAAAUAGAGGACAGCACUGGACAUUGCGUAUGCCCAUUUGGCACACAACUUGACCCCGGUGGCAGCGGGACCUGUGUAUGCCAAGCGGAUAAGGUUCCAUCAACCGUCAACAACACAUGUGUCUGUGCUACGGGAAAAGGGUUAGACUCCAGUAAUGUCUGCGUUUGCCCCGCCGACAAAAUAGAGGACAGCACUGGACAUUGUGUAUGCCCGUCUGGCACACAGCUUGACCCUGGUGGCAGCGGGACCUGCGUAUGCCAAGCGGAUAAGAUUCCUUCAACCGUCAACAACACAUGUGUCUGUGCGACGGGGAAGGGGUUAAACUCCAGUAACAUCUGCGUUUGCCCUGCCGACAAAAUAGAGGACAGCACUGGACAUUGUGUAUGCCUGUCUGGCACACAGCUUGACCCUGGUGGCAGCGCGACCUGCGUAUGCCAAGCGGAUAAGAUUCCUUCAACCAUCAACAACACAUGUGUCUGUGCGACGGGGAAGGGGUUAAACUCCAGUAACAUCUGCGUUUGCCCUGCCGACAAAAUAGAGGACAGCACUGGACAUUGCGUAUGCCCGUUUGGCACGAUGACGGACCCUUCCGGUAGCGGGAGCUGUGUAUGUCAGGCAGAUAAAGUUCCAUCAACUGCCGAUAACACCUGCGUUUGCCCCACUGGGAAGUUACUGGAUUCUAGCAAUGUCUGUGUAUGCCCUGCGGACAAAACGGCGGAUGCUAGCGGUAACUGUGUCUGCCCACUUGGCACGAGAGUCGAUCCUUUGGGGAGUGGGACAUGCGUUUGCGAGAGCGACAAAAUCCCCGCGAGCGGCGGCAACACCUGCGUUUGCCCCACUGGGAAAUUACUGGAUGCUAGCAAUGUCUGUGUAUGCCCUGCGGACAAAAUGGCGGAUGCUAGCGGUAACUGUGUCUGCCCAGUCGGCACGAGAGUCGAUCCUUUGGGGAGUGGGACAUGCGUUUGCGAGAGCGACAAAAUCCCCGCGAGCGGCGGCAACACUUGCGUAUGUCCCAAUGGAAAAUCACUCGACGGUAAUAACCACUGCGUUUGUCCUGCCGACAAAACCGAAGAUAUCAAUGGCAACUGCGUAUGUCCUCUGGGACGAAGGCUAGAUUCUUCGAGUGGCAACUGUGUGUGCCAGGCGGACAAGCUCCCUUCCCCAACGAACAACACAUGUAUAUGCCCCACCGGACAAAUUCUAGAUGCAACGGGGACCUGCGUAUGUCCGAAUGACAAGACGCAAGACAGUGGUGGCCAAUGUGUAUGCCCAACGGGCACGCAACUCGAUUCUUCAGGCACCUGCGUCUGUCAAACCGAUAAAGUUCCUUCCGGUGCCGACAACACCUGCGUGUGCCCAACGGGAAAAUUGUUGAGUGGAGCAGGAUUAUGUAUUUGUCCCUCCGACAAAGUUCAGGACAAUACGGGAGCGUGCGUCUGUCCUUCAGGAACGCAACUUGAUCCCGGUGGAAGUGGACAUUGUGUCUGCCAAUCUGACAAGGUCCCAUCUUCAUCCGACAACACCUGUGUGUGCCCCUUCGGUAUGGCUUUGCAAUCGAAUGGGGCUUGCAUUUGUCAAUCAGACAAGGUCCCGUCAAAUUCUUGUGUCCAGCAACAACACGUGUGUGUGUCCGUCUGGCACACAUCUGAAUGCUUCUGGAACUUGCGUUUGUGAUUCCGACAAAGUGCAGUCAGGUUCCAGUAACGCAUGCGCUUGUC